UUUGGUAAAUUGACAUUAAUGAAUCAGUUAUACCUGUUAUGAAUGAAAUAUUAAUGUCCUUCAUAAAUCUGUAGCUUACUAACAGGGAAUACUUUGCUCAUCUGGCCACGUAGUUCAUACACUGUGCCAUUAUGUGCAGUGUCCCUUAAACUUGCUGAUCUGCUAGCUACAAACAUUUAAAAAAUUAGUUGUAUCUCUAGCUUAAAAGAGGGCCAGACAAUAUUUACCAUUCUACCUCAUUCUUAUCUUUAGUAUUAGAAUAUGUAGUUAAAGAAAUAAUAGUGGGUGGGGUAGUGAAUAAAUCCUAUAGUAUAAGUUAAAAUGAAUGUCACCAAUUUAGGCAUGUUUUAGGCCACUCCUAAUACGUAUUUUUUAGACUACCUUCCUAAUUUAGCUUGCACCAAUUUCCAAACAAUAUCGAUUCCUGUGCAGACUUUAUCUUACAUAUGCCUUCACCAUGGUAAAGAAAAUAAGUCAGAGAGAAAUUAAAUGGCUUUCUUCAUAAUAGUUAUACCUUGUUAAUUUGGGCUUGAGUUUACUUUUGCAAUAUUGUUGAAGAAAGCUAUGUUAAAUAAAUUAAAAUUUUAGUGAGACUAUAUCAAAACUGUUUGAACAACCAUUUGUAUAAGAGGCAUGUUGUUAAAUUAUAGAUUAAUUGACAUACUGAUAAUAUGUCAUGCUUAUAAGUCGUUAAUGUAGACCACAGAAGGCUCUAGUAAGGACUUUUAUUAGGUGAUACUUUCUUGUCAUUUGAGUUAUGUGCACUUAAAAAUAAAUUAACUUCUUUAAAAGUUACUGGUUAAGACAUUUCAUAAUUGAGACUAACUUUUACUUCAUUUGAAUAACUGUUUUGCUCAUUAUAUCCUAACUUAACUUUACCUAAUUUGCUCUAUAGGUUAGUUAAUGGCAGUGAUAUUUAACCAGACCUUCUGACUUCCGGCCUUCCCACUCUGUUUGCCAUGAUGGGUUUAUUUACUGAGAUUUUUGUUUGAUUUAUCUUUAAGAAGUGCCCUUAGACAUUGCACCUACCUCAAGUAAAUCUUGAGCUUCUUAGUUUUAGGAGAGGAUGAUUGAAGAACUUUCCCCCUUUUCCAGUAAAUACUUGAUUCCUUUUUUCCCAUGCUCUUGCCAGGAUUACAGUAUCUUUUUUACAAAAUUUGAAGAUAAUCCUAUACGAUUCAGGCUUAAGAUAGCCCACCAGGGGAAACCAAGAAUUGAAAGGUUUCUAUAUAAAAGAUUUUAUUGACUGUAUUAAUUUUUGCAGAUUAAUAUUAUCAGUCAUGACAGUUCUUCUUUCCUCUCCUGCACUCCCUGGGACAUUUUAUUGCUGAAAAUGUAAUUAGGCUAUUGCUACAGUUUUCAGCCUGUCAGCUUCUAUUGCAAGUGAAAUGAAAUCUGCUACAUAUUAAAAGAUGGCCACUUUAGAAAACUGUCGUUUCUAAGGCAUUUGAAAAUUUCCAGCGAGAGUCAGAAUGUUAGGAAGUUCUGAGUUCUCCUUGCUAUUGUUUUCCUUGACAAAUGUUCUCUAAUUUUUUUAAAGUGGUGAUAUGAUGUAGCAGUGAAAGAAGGUGGGUUUUAGAAUCAUAAGGGGAAGUUUGAAGCUACACCUGCCAGACGUUGUAUCAGGCACUUGCUCGGAAAUCUAUCAUUGUCGAAGGCAAAUAAAAUACAGCAAAGACAAGAUGUGGUAUUUGGCAAAACUGAUACGAGGAAUGUCCAUUGACCAGGCUUUGGCUCAGUUGGAAUUCAGUGACAAAAAAGGGGCCCAAAUAAUUAAAGAGGUUCUCUUAGAAGCACAAGAGAUGGCAGUGAGAGACCACAAUGUGGAAUUCAGAUCCAAUUUAUAUAUAGCUGAGUCCACCUCAGGGCGAGGCCAGUACCUGAAACGCAUCCGAUACCACGGCAGAGGUCACUUUGGGAUCAUGGAGAAGGUUUAUUGCCAUUAUUUUGUGAAGUUGGUGGAAGGCCCCCCACCUCCACAUGAAGCACCCAAGACAGCACUUACCCACGCCAAAGAGUAUAUUCAGGAGCUCCGGAACCGGACCAUCAUUCACACUCUAUGAUGGGGGAAUUCAGACUCCACAGUGUAUAUAUUUUGCCAUUUAUUUCCUAAAAACAAACAAAAAUUAAAGACAAAUGCUUUUUAUGAUUUGUCAUCAAA